CCCCGAUGGCCGCCGCCGGGCCCCAGAGCUCCCUGCGCGGAGCUCUCUGCAGGCAGCUACUGCUGACCCUUGUGGUCUUCAGUUUUGCUUGUGAAGCUUGCAAAAAGGUGAUAUUUCAUAUACCUUCCAAACUAGAGGCAGACAAAGUGGUUGGCAGAGUUAAUUUGAAAGAGUGCCUCGGAUCUGCAGACCACAUCCAAUCCAGUGAUCCUGAUUUCAGAGUUCUAGAAGAUGGGUCAGUAUACACAGCCCAUGCUGUUGUGUUGUCUGAUGAGAAAAGAUCUUUCACCAUAUGGCUUUCUGACUCAAAGAAACAGACACAGAAAGAGAUUCCUGUGCUCCUGGAGCAUCAGAAGAAGGUACUGAGGAAGAGACAUACUAAAGAGACUGUUCUCAGGCGUUCCAAGAGGAGAUGGGCGCCUAUCCCCUGCUCAAUGCUAGAGAAUUCCUUGGGCCCUUUCCCUUUGUUCCUUCAACAAGUCCAAUCUGACGCGGCACAGAACUAUACCAUCUUCUACUCAAUAAGUGGGCGUGGAGUUGACCAAGAACCUUUAAAUCUGUUUUUCAUAGAAAAAGACACUGGAAAUCUGUAUUGUACCCGGCCUGUGGAUCGUGAAGAAUAUGAUGUUUUUGAUCUGAUUGCCCAUGCGUCAACUGCAGAUGGGUAUUCAGCAGACUUACCUCUUCCACUGCCCAUCAGAGUGGAGGAUGAAAAUGACAACCACCCUAUUUUCACAGAAACAAUUUAUAAUUUUGAAGUUCCAGAAAGCAGUAGAAUUGGUACUACAGUGGGAGUGAUUUGUGCCACGGACAGAGAUGAACCAGACACGAUGCAUACGCGCCUGAAGUAUAGCAUUUUGGAGCAGACGCCAGGAUCACCUAGGAUCUUUUCUGUGCAUCCCGGCACAGGUGUAAUCACAACUGUCUCUCAUUAUUUGGACAGAGAGGCUGUAGACAAGUACUCAUUGAUAAUGAAAGUACAAGACAUGGAUGGUCAAUUUUUUGGAUUGAUGAGUACAGCAACUUGCAUCAUAACAGUAAAAGAUUCAAAUGACAAUUUACCCACUUUCAGACAAAAGGCUUAUGAAGCAUCAGUAGAGGAAAAUACGUUCGAUGUGGAAAUCUUACGAAUACCUAUAGAAGACAAGGAUUUAAUUAACACUGCCAAUUGGAGAGCCAAUUUUACUAUUUUAAAUGGCAAUGAAAAUGGACAUUUCAAAAUCAGUACAGACAAAGAAACUAAUGAAGGUGUUCUCUGUGUUGUAAAGCCACUGAAUUAUGAAGAAGACCGUCAAGUGGUCCUGGAAAUUGGAGUAGGCAAUGAAGCUCCAUUUACUGGAGAUGUGACACUCAGAAUGACAAACAUGAACAGAGCCAGGGUCACAGUUCAUGUGAAGGAUCAGGACGAAGGGCCUGAAUGCAGACCUGCAGUCCAAUAUGUACAGAUUAAAGAAAACUCCCCAGUGGGUUCAAAUAUCAAUGGAUAUAAGGCAUAUGACCCUGAAACUAGAAGUAGCAGUGGUUUAAGGUACAAAUUAUUGCAUGACCCGAAAGGGUGGAUCACCAUUAAUGAAAUUUCGGGCUCACUCGAAACUUCCAAAAUCUUAGACAGGGAGGCUGUAACUCCCAGACGUGCCUUGUAUAAUGUUACAGUCCUGGCAAUAGAUAAAGAUAGUAGAUCAUGUACUGGAACCGUUGCAGUUAACAUUGAAGAUGAGAAUGAUAAUCCACCAAAAAUACUUCAAAAUUAUCUAGUAAUUUGCAAACCAAAGAUGGAGUAUGUUGACAUUUCAGCUGUUGAUCCUGACGAGCCCAUCCACGGCCCUCCAUUUCACUUCAGCUUGCCAAAAACUCCAGAAAUCAACAGACUAUGGACCCUUGCCAAAGUUAAUGAUACAGCUGCCCGUCUUUCAUAUUUGAAAAAUGCCAAAUUUCAAGAAUAUUAUAUUUCCAUUACCGUAAAAGAUGGAGGAGGUCAAUCUGCAAUAACAACCUUGAGAGUGAACCUCUGUGAUUGUACUCAUCCAGAUAAAUGUCGCAUGACUGCAGGGAGUGCAGGAAUGGUACUUGGCAAAUGGGCGAUCCUUGCGAUACUUCUGGGUAUAGCAUUGCUUUUCUCUAUAUUGCUAACUGUAGUAUGUGGACUUGUUAGUGCCAGAAAUGAAAAAACGUUUCCUGAAGAUUUGGCACAGCAAAACUUAAUCAUCUCAAACACAGAAGCACCUGGAGAUGAUAAAGUGUGUUCUGCCAAUGGGUUUACGACCCAUACAGUCGACAACUCUAGCCAAGGCUUUUGUGGUACUAUGGGAUCAGAAGUCAGAAAUGGCAGGCAGGAAACCUUUGAAAUGGUAAAAGGAGGAAACCAGACCUUGGAAUUGUGCCAGGGGGCCGGGCAUCAUCACACCCUGGAUUCCUGCAGAGGAGGCACUGUGGAGAUGGACCACUCGGAGUGGUACAAUUUCACUCAGCCCCGCCUUGGUGAAGAAUCCAUUAGAGGACACACUGGUUAAAAAUUAAACAUAAAAGAAAUUGCAUCUAUGUAAUCAGGAUGAAGACCACAUGCCAUCUCAAGAUUAUGUUCUUACGUAUAACUAUGAAGGGAGAGGAUCUCCAGCUGGUUCUGUAGGUUGCUGCAGUGAAAAACAGGAAGACGAUGGCCUUGACUUUUUAAAUAAUUUGGAAACCAAAUUUACUGCCUUAGCAGAAACAUGCACAAAGAAAUAAUGUUACAGUGCUACAAUUAGAUAUAUCUUCGUCAGACAUUCUGGAGGUUUCUGAAAGGGAUAUUGUAAAAUUUAAUUGAUAUCUAGAUAUAUAUGAAUAU